UGUCUAACAACCAGCCCAUUUGGAAAAAAGAACAUAGUAGUCCUUUAAAAAUAAAAAUCACCAGUAAAAUUCAGUCGACAUACAUAGUGUUUGAAAUUGCCGGAAUGGCUUCCAAUUGAAACGUGUUACAUAAAAAGGGCUGAAGUGAGUUAACGAUGUCGGCAGUCAAGGCGUUCCUGAAGGAUGGCAUGGUUGUGGCGGCGAUAAUGGGCCUGGGCGAUACUAUAGCCCAGUUGGUCAUUGAAAAGAAGCCGCUGAACGACUGGGAUACCGGGCGAACUCUACGAUUCGGUGCCCUGGGUCUGGUGUUUGUGGGUCCGGUUCUCAGGCAAUGGUACCUCUUCCUGGAGUCGAGGGUGCCCAAAACCUACACACCGAUGCGUCGGGGCGUCACCAAGAUGCUGGUCGAUCAAGUCUGCUUCGCGCCGCCCUUCUCACUGGCCACCUCCUUUCUGGUGCUGCUGAUCAAUGGCGAGCCCACCGAUCGGAUCCGCAAGCGCCUCCACGACACCUAUCCCACCAUCAUGGCCCGGAACUACAUGCUCUGGCCCGCCGCCCAGAUGAUCAACUUUAGCUUCGUCCCGCUGGGCUACCAGGUGUUCUACGCCCAGACCAUCGCCCUCGUCUGGAACUGCUACCUCUCCCUGAUACUUAACAAAUAGGACAAUCCGUAUUACUAUCCAUAUCCGUUUCCGUGACCAAAUAUCCAUUUACCGGAAUAAAAUAUAUGUGUAAAUCGGCAUA